GUGAAGACCAAGUUCCCGACGGCCCGCAUCAAAAGGAUUAUGCAGGCGGACGAGGAGGUUGGGAAAGUGGCACAGCAGACGCCCAUUGCGGUGGGGAAGGCGCUGGAGCUGUUCAUGGUCCAUGUCGUCACGAAGAGCGCCGAGAUCGCGCGGGAGAAGAAUUCGAAACGUGUCACCGCGCACAUGCUCAAGCAGGUUAUACAGUCCGACGGACAAUACGACUUCUUGGCGGAC